GCCGGGAGAGGCGCCAUGGCGGGCCGGGUGAGCGGCGCGCCGGCCCCGGGGCUGCCGGCGUCCGGGGCGGCGGGCGCGGGGCCGGCGGCGGCGGCGGCGGGCAAGGAGAAGGAGAAGCGGUCGCUGGGGAAGCGGCUGCUCUUCCGCGGGCGCGGCGCGGGGGGCUCCUCGCUGGGCGGGCUGGUGAGCCGCGUGCUGCGGACGCUCUCCACGCUCUCGCACCUGGGCGGCGAGCACGGGACCCCCGCCGAGCGGCCCGAGCAGGCGGGGCCCCCGUCGGCGGCGACCCCCGGCGCGCCCUGCUGCCCCCCGGCCGGCGCGGCGCUGGUGCCCGGCGUGUCGGGGCUGCGCAACCACGGGAACACGUGCUUCAUGAACGCCGUGCUGCAGUGCCUGAGCAACACGGAGCCGCUGGCCGAGUUCCUGGCGCUGGAGCAGUUCCGCGGGCCCGCCCCGCCCCCGCCGCCCGAGCCAGAGCCCGAGCCCCGCGCCGGGGAGGUGACGGAGCAGCUGGCGCAGCUGGUGCGCGCCCUCUGGACCCUCCAGUACACGCCGCAGCACAGCCGCGAGUUCAAGAGCAUCGUUUCCAAGAACGCCUUGCAGUUCCGAGGGAGCUCACAACACGACGCACAGGAGUUCCUGCUCUGGCUUCUGGACCGAGUCCAUGAAGAUCUCCACAAUUUAGUGAAGAACAGUGAUGGGAGAGCAGCUGUGAAGCCACCGUUAGAAGAUUCCCUGAUUGAGGGAAGCCUCUUGCCAGUCAACAGCACUUUUGUUCAGGAACUCUUUCAAGCUCAGUACAGGUCAUCCUUGACAUGUCCUCAUUGCCAGAAGCAGAGCAACACUUUCGAUCCUUUCCUCUGCAUUUCUUUGCCGAUCCCGCUGCCUCAUACACGCCCGCUCUAUGUUACCGUGGUCUAUCGAGGGAAGUGCUCCCACUGCAUGCGCAUUGGAGUGGCCGUGCCUUUGUCCGGAACAGUGGCCCAGCUGAGGGAAGCGGUGGCCAGAGAAACCAAAAUACCUGCCAAACAGAUUGUGCUCACAGAGAUGUAUUACGAUGGCUUCCAUCGCUCUUUCUCUGACGUGGAUGACCUGGACACGGUGCAAGAGAGCGACUGUAUCUUUGCCUUUGAGACCCCGGAGAUCUUCUGGCCAGAAGGGAUCCUGAGCCAGAGAGGAAUCCACGCCAACAGCAAUCUGAACCACUUGAAAUACAGCCUUGACCAUGCCAAGUCGCCCAUUUAUGCCCAGGCAAGGCUGGAGAGCGGCAGUGCCCGGACAAUGGCGGCGGCUGCCCUGAGUGAUAAGCUGGUCAUCUUGGUGUGUAACAGAGCCUGCAGUGGACAGCAGGGAAAGAGGUUUGGCCAGCCCUUUGUGCUGCAUUUGGAGAAGACCAUCCCUUGGGACCUUCUGCAGAAGGAGAUCUUGGAGAAGAUGCAGUAUUUUCUGCGCCCCUCAGCGUGCAUUCAGGUGUGUCCAUUCAGCUUGCGAGUGGUCAGUGCUGUGGGCAUCACGUACCUCUUACCUCAGGAGGAGCGGCCUCUCUGCCACCUGAUGGUGGAACGAACCUUGAAGUCUUGUGGGACAGGUGGAACCCCCCACGUGAAGUUGGUGGUCGAAUGGGACAAGGAGACAAAGGACUACUUGUUCAUCAACACUGAGGAGGAGUACAUCCCUGACGCCGAGAGUGUCCGCCAGCAGAGGGCGCUGCACCAGCAGCCGCAGUCCUGCACCUUAGCCCAGUGUUUCCAGCUCUACACCAAAGAGGAGCAGCUGGCUCCCGACGAUGCCUGGCGCUGCCCCCACUGCAAGCAGCUGCAGCAAGGAAGCAUCAGCCUGAGCCUCUGGACGCUGCCUGAUGUGCUGAUCAUUCACUUGAAGCGCUUCCGACAGGAAGGAGACCGGCGCAUGAAGCUCCAGAACAUGGUCCGGUUUCCCCUGACUGGCCUUGACAUGACCCCUCACGUGGUCAAACGAAGCCAGAGCAGCUGGAGCCUGCCCUCCCACUGGUCCCCCUGGAGGCGCCCCUACGGCUUGGGCAGAGACCCAGAGGACUUCAUCUACGACCUGUAUGCGGUGUGCAACCACCAUGGCACCAUGCAGGGGGGGCAUUACACAGCUUACUGCAAGAACUCCGUAGAUGGCCUCUGGUACUGCUUUGAUGACAGUGAGGUCCAGCAGCUGGCCGAGAACGAGGUGUGCAAGCCCACUGCCUACAUCCUCUUCUACCAGAGGCGGACGGCCAUUCCCGCCUGGUCAGCCAACAGUUCCGUGGCAGGUUCCACCAGCUCCUCCUUGUGUGAGCACUGGGUGAGUCGGUUGCCGGGCAGCAAACCGCCCAGCGUGACCUCAGCGGCCUCCUCCAGGCGCACCUCCUUAGCUUCCCUCUCGGAGUCGGUGGAGCUGAUGGGGGAGCGGAGUGAGGAUGACGGAGGGUUUUCGACCCGGCCCUUCGUGAGGAGCGUCCAGCGCCAGAACUUGUCUUCCAGAUCCUCAGUGACCAGUCCUUUGGCCACCAAUGAAAACGGGAUCCGCCCAUCGUGGUCCCUCUCCGCCAAGCUGCAGAUGCGCUCCAACUCGGCUUCUCCUGUCCACGGCUCCUCUGGCACUCUGGAGAGAAUUGGAGAGUCGGCCGAUGACCGCGUGGCCACCUCCUGCUUUGGCAGCCGGCGGAGUCUCUCCGGCAGCCCCCUGGAGACCAGGGCAGCGGGAGGCAGCCACCGUGGCCAGCAGGACUCUCGGACACUCGGCAGGGCCCCCCUGGCAGUCAUGGAAGGGGUCUUCAGAGAAGAUGCCCCAGCGUGGAAAGCCUCUGGCAAGACAGGGCUGCAGGUGGACAGAAACAGCUCCCCUCUGGGCCCCUUUGACAACAACAACCAGAUCGCCUUUGUUGACCAGAGCGACUCUGUGGAAAGCUCUCCGGUCAAGGAUGGUCAGAACUUUGGAUGGCCGGCCAAGCCGGAUGGUGGCAGCCCCCUCCAAGCCCCUCCCUCCCAAGACAGCCUUGGGCCUGGCAGCAGCUUGAACUCAGAGCGGGCAGUCUUGUCCAGCCAGGAUUCCCUGACAUCUCACCGGUCGGUCGCAUCCCCCCCUCCCUCCAAAGCCUUGCCGAAGGCGUCCCGUUCCCGGAGCAAGCUGGACUCAAGCAGGGCCAGUGGGCGCCCCGGUUCUCCUGCAACCAGGCCGGGCAAGAAAGAGGCUGGCGUGAAGGGCCCUGAGGCCACCUCUGCCACCUCCACCCAGCCGAAGCACCGGCCGGUUUCCUCGCCAUCUUCCUCCGCGGCGGCCAGAAGGAGCUCCUCCGGGGGCUCUGCGCGGGGACACCCCUCAUCGGGCAAGAGCAGGACUUCAGAGCGCGGCCUCAGCAGGGAGGGCUCCAAGCUGAGCAUGGGCUCGGAGAAGACGAGUGGGGCUGCUAGCCCGCGCACAAACUCUCCCCGGCUAGGCCAGGCACGUGGGGAGGGCAGGACCCCUGAGAGCAAGCACGUGCGCAGCACCUCCCUGGCCAGCCUGCGCUCGCCUGGCCCUGGGCCCCGGUCCAGCCUGAAGAGGGACAGCAAGUCAGAGGAGAAAGGCUUGUCCUUCUUCAAGUCCGCCCUCCGCCAGAAGGAGACCCGCCGGUCAGCCGAUCUGGGCAAGACCAGCCUGCUGGCCAAAAAGGUGGGGGGCGGCUCCUGCAAGGCUGCGGGGAAGACCCUCUCGGAGGAGAAGCCUCCGGAGAAGGCAACGCUCCCCAAUGCCAGCGUGGCUGCCAAAGACCCCCUCAUGCCCGGCAAACGCUCCCUGUUGACCGCUUGCAAAUCGCAGUCUUCCCAGCCGGAGGGCAGCCCCAAGUCCCCCGGAGGGGGCAGGCCGGCCAUCAACAAGGCUCUUCCCAGGCUCCCCCCGGGGGUUUCCUCCUCCGCCCGCACAUCCGUGUCCCCGUGAUCCGCUGCUAUUCGACUGCUGCUCCUCAGCUGCCCUGGAGGGGGGCCCCCUCCUCGUUUUCCGUGGAUGGGGGAACCUCGCUGCUCAGGCCCCUCCCGGUUCUGUCCUCGUGCCAAGUUGCCGUGGGCACUUCCUUGCAGGGUUGCCCAGGGACCCCCCACCAGCCUGGAGCCCUCCUGGAGUGCACGACUGCCAGCCGGGAGGUCUUGCCAGGCGUGCUCUCCAGAGGCCGGCCAGGGCAGGUGGUGGCCCAGCUCUGUGAGCUGAGAAGGCCGUCGGAGGGAGCCCAGGGCACAAGCAGCCCCCUGGUCCUGCUUCUCCCUCCUUGUCUCCCCAUGUUGCAAGCUUCCCCAAGGGCAAUAUCUCAGCGCUUACAUUAUUUCUCAGGUAAAUGCUCAGCCAGAACUAGGAGGAACCGAAGACUCUGAGAAAGGUGCCUUCUCUCUCUCUCUCUCUCUCUCUCUCUCUCUCUCUCUCUCUCUCUUUUCACAUUCUCUUCAUUCUGAAAGGUUUCUGUUGGGGUGUAUGUUGCUGUUUUUAUGGCCUGUCCUGCCCAGCGCCUCCUUUGUCCCUUCCUGCCCUUCUGAGCAAGGGAGGGAAGGAGGGAGGGAAGGGGAGCUGUGGGUGGGCAGGAGGAGGACAGUCCAAGAGGAGGGGGCUGUGAAGGUGGCCGGGAAGGCAGCUUUCUGCUGCCCCUGGAAGUGUGGCCCAACUCCAGCCCCUUCAGGGCUUCUGGCGGGAGGGGCGCUCUGCUUUGGGGGGCCCAACUGGACCAGGCUGCUUCUGUUCUUGCUUCUUCUCCUGGGGGUGGCUUUCAGCCCAGGACCCCCGUCUUGCCCCAGCUCUCCCUGGAACCAGGACUGUGUCUUCCUCCCCACGUUUUCCGUCAUGUUUCCCUGGCAGUCCUGGGUGCUCUGGACUUCUGACACCCGCCGUGUUCUUUCUUGCUCAGCUAUUCCCAACCAUCCUCCGUGUCUGCUGGCUGGGUACGGACGUGCAGAAAGGAAGGAUGCCUUAGAUCCUCUCAUAUUCUGGAUGGCAGGACCCCCCCCCCCCCCCCCCCGUGCAGAGUAGCAGCAGGAGCUGCGGUUUUCUUGCUGCUUCUGCUUUGCAGGUUCCCCCAGAUGAACUGAGCCCCUCCCUCUGUGGUUGACUCUCUAAGCUCCUCUUUGGCUGCUCUGCAGGGGGCUCAGCCUUUGCCCUGGCAGCUCUUGGAGGAGGCUUUUGUUCCCUCCUCAGCCUUGGGCUCCGUCUCUGUGAGCAAGAGUGUUAAGGAGCCAGUCAGUUGCUGCUCCCCCUUGGAAAGCAAGAGGGAGCUCCCUUCACAUGUUUAAAGGAACCUCCAGGAAGCUUCUACUCUUUGGAACAAUCUUUUUCAACUAGCUCCAUCCAAAAACAUUGGGAUCAAAUUCCCAGAAUUCCUAGCCCCCAUGCUGUGGCCUUUUGGAAGUCACGGUCCUGUCAUAUUCGGGAAGCACCGGUUGGAGAAAUGUGCUUCUGUUGAAAUGAGGAUGAAGUUCAAUGCUUCAGUUUGGAGAAGAGCAGCUGGCUCCUGGGUGGGGGCAAAAAGUUGCAGGCUGGUCUCUUGUCUACGUGAGGCACAACAGGUGUGUGUGUGCGUGCGUGCAUGCGUGUGUGUAUUUGCUGUAGCAGCAGUUCAUGCAGCAAGGAGGAGGAGAGCCGGUGGGUGUAGGAGUCCACCUGACCCUUGAAGCGUAUUCAGACUUCCUUUUUUGUGGAGUACGACCAGCUUGCUUGGAGCAGCCUUCUAAAGCUCUCUGUGGGGGAGUCUUUUAUGGUGGGGGCUCCCUCUUGGUUCUCCCUUGUCCCAUGGACCUCCUUUCAGUGAGAGACAGGCCCAUUUGUCCCUGAGGUCCUCCAUUGCCAAUGUUGUCAUCAUGGGGCAUCUGAACAAGUUGGCCUAAGAUCAAGGUCUUGUGUUGAUUGUGUGACGCCGGAAUAUCCUAUCUAGAAAGCUUCUUGAGUUCUUGGGGUUGGGUAGGGUGGGGGUGGGGAGUGGUAGUAACUAAUUCUGGCAUCCUUCAAAGAGGAUGAGAACCGCCUUCAUCCUCCAUGGGCGUACUCCUUCCUUGUGUGAUCAUCCUUCCAGUACAGAAGAGUCCGAUUCAUCAUCCCAGAAGG